AUGACUCAACUCAAAUUCAUCACUCUCGACGUCUUCACCUCCAAGCCGUACUCCGGCAACCCGCUGGCAGUCGUAUUCCUCCCCGAAGACGAGUCGCACGCACUAACCCAACGCCAAAAACACAUGAUCACGCUCGAAUUCAACCUAUCCGAGACCAUUUUCGUCCACCCCAAGCAGGAGGCAUCUAAGCGCUCGAUCGACAUUUUCACGCUCGAAGGCGAGCUGACCUUCGCAGGACACCCCACCAUCGGCGCCGCGACAUGGUUCCUCUGCCACGGGCCGGACGCCGCCGCAGGCGAAGUGACCACGCUGGGCACCAAGUCCGGCGACAUCCAGAUCGCGAUCCAGGACCCGGCGACGCAGUAUGUAGCGGCCAAGAUCGCGCAUAACACGCGCAUUCACGGCGCGCGGUUUUCGGUCCAGGAUCUGCUGCGCUUGCAUCCGACGCUGGCGCCGUUUUGCGCGCAGGAUGCGUCAUUUCCGGUCUUCUCGAUCGUCAAUGGCAUGAGCCAAGUGCUCGUCGAGCUGCCGUCGCUGGAGGCGCUGGCGGCCGUGACGCCUGCGACGGGGGGCGAGAUGGUGGAUUCCGAAGGAGGCACGUACCUGGACGAGGGGUGGAGAGCGGGGCUGACCUGUGUCUACUUCUUUGUGCGAGAUGUGCAGGACAGUGUCAUGAACCAGAAGGUGAUCCGGACGCGCAUGGUGUUGGGGACUUUGGAAGAUCCGGCCACGGGGAGCGCGGCGAGUGGGCUGACGGCCUAUCUAACGCUGACGGAAGGCGAGGCGGGGAAGGAGCAUCGCUACCAUGUUGUGCAGGGAGUUGAGAUGGGGCGACGCAGUGAUAUUGGCGUCAAUGUGACGUUGGAUGGCAGCAAGCAGGUUGCGAAGGUUGAAUUGACGGGCACGGCGGUCGAAGUGUCGGAGGGUAAGAUCUUGGUACCGGAUGAGGAGAAAUAA